CUCAAUUGACCUUCAGGGAAGCUCAGAUUGGUGGUCGCCGGACACAAAGGGAAAUUGUCUGAGAUGAGUAAGUCUAAAGGAAGAUUUCAGCUUCCCUCCUCCUCCUCUGUGAUCUCCUGCAUGUUCAGCUUAAGCAAGCAGAAACAAGAGGAAAGCCUUGAUGAUGAUACACAGACACAGAAAGAUGAAUGGAAGAAGACUCUUAUUGGUAAGCUGGGCAAUGUGCACCAGAGAGAAUACUUGAGCCACUAUGGCCGCGGAAGAAAGGGAAAAAUAAGAGGGGAAUAUUGUAUCUACAGAGUUCCAGAUAAACUUCGACAAGUGAAGGAGGAUGCCUACCGCCCUGGCGUUGUCUCAAUCGGACCAUUGCAUCAAGACAACCAGAACCUGGCACCCAUGGUCCAAUACAAAUGGUCUUACUUGCUAUCCUUUCUCGACCAGCAAGCAAUAGAUGCCAGUGAAGAACACUCUAGAAAUUGCGCUACGAUAUGCUUGGAAGAGUGCAUCAAUGCGAUUCAUGGUUUAGAUGAAGUAAUUCGCCAGUGCUACACUGAAAAGAUCACCUACACAGAGUAUGAGCUUGCAGAAAUAAUGUUACUUGAUGGUUGCUUCAUAUUGGAACUUUUCCUUCGGUUUGACCGCAACUUAAAUUACAUGAAGCAACAAGAUCUCAAUUAUGAUCAAGUAUUGAGAAGUGCUUGGAUGACUGAAGCUCUUCAGCAUGAUCUGGCAUUACUGGAAAACCAGAUACCCUUUUUCAUUCUCGAACUUUUGUAUGAUACAAUCAAGCCUCAUAUCAUCACCAAGUGCAAAGCACCAGACUUGGUCGCUUCCCUUGCUCUUAACUUCUUCCAGCCUUUGAGCCAAAAGAAGUUCAUCAACGAAGAGCCCGAGGGCACAGGGUUUAAGCAUUUGCUAGAUCUCUUGCACAAAUUCUACUUUCACCCACCCGGUCACUUGUCCAUCCCUGUGGGAUCCAUUUCAGAGAACGAACAUCGUCCCGGUAUACUGCAAAAAAUAGUUCCAUGCCUUGUCAGCAAAACAAAAAGAGAACAGCAAACUCCACGCCUUCCUAGUCAUCGUCAACGCAAUCCAGCGAGCGAUGAGAAGUGGGGAUUCAAGUAUUGCGCUUCGGAUCUUUUGGAGUCUGGGAUCGAGCUUCAAGUUGGGUCAAGCACGCAGGGAUAUUUGUUGGAAAUAAGUUUCAAGGCUGGGGUGGUUAUAAUUCCCCAAGUUCGAAUUUACGAGACAACGAGUUCACUCCUCAGGAACCUGAUUGCUUAUGAGCAAUGCAGUCUUAGCAGCAUGCAUAGCGUUACAUCAUAUGCCUUCCUCUUGAAGAGCCUCAUCGGUUCCUCACGGGACAUCAACCUGCUCCGGACAAGAAAUAUCAUAGAGCAAAAUAUUCGAAUGGGAGACAAAGAAUAUUUGGCUCAAUUUGAAAGCAUUCUAGAUCAAGUUGCCAUGAAGGACGACUACUGCUUUGGUGAUUUGUUCGACAAAGUGAAUGAAUACCGUAUGUCCUGGUAUAGUUUGAGCAGACUUCGAGUAUGA